CGAGGAGGGAAUAUUAAUUUGCAUGUUGUGCCCUCUGUUCAACUUGGGCCAUAUUCCGUUUGAACUUGCCGUGAUCAUGUCGAACGGUUGGAAAUGCAUUGCGCAGCCGUCGAACGGCGCCGUGGCCGCCGUUCAAUUGAAUAGUGACGACGAAGUACAGUGCUUGGGUUUCAACAGCCGCGACUGCGUGUACUUUCACUCGAUGCAAGACUGCCACGCCAACCUGAACCCGGCCAAAUCGGUCAACCCGUUGGUGUGCGGCAACAUGCACAAGAAUGUGUGGGGCGUCUCUGGCUACGAUUCCGCGAGCCACUGGUGCGCUGCGGGUCGCCAUCACUUGGGCAACUUGCCUGCCAUGUCGUUCUUGGCCAAGGUGGACGCCCACAAAGUCGAAGUCAGCGUCGGAGCUGUGGCCACGUUCAUCUUGGCGUUGGUGGCGUUCAUCGCGGUCCGAAAGUACAAAAAGACCGACUACCAACUCGUCAAGUAAUUCACAAUACAACCAUGCUAUGUGUAUCGUCGUCAGGCUGGGGGCGUCAAUAAUAUGUUCACGAGCAGAUGUCAUAUUGAACAAUACAAUGACGGGGGCAGGCAGUCGACCUCGCAACUUUUGGCGAACGCCUAUCGAGAAGUUCUUGGUACAGUAGAUAAUGGCUACAGGCGUUGAAGUACUAUUAAUUUUGAGUACCAUUGCAUGAUCAAAAAUCGUCAUAGGUAUGUAUUGAACGGACGAAGUCCAACUAACUACAGUACCAGUACUCCAUGCA